CCGCUCACACACUCUGUCUGCUCGCUCCACGAGUGUCCAUCUUUAAUCACUCUGGUGUUUUCACAGGAAGUGUUUGCGUCUCCCAGCAAACACGCCAUGGACAGCAAAGGAGAGGAGUCCAAGAUGAGCUACCCGAACAUCUUCUUCAUGAUCGACAACUUCGAGGAGGUGUUCAGCGACAUGACGGUGGGCGAGGGCGAGAUGGUGUGUGUGGAGCUGGUGGCGAGCGACAAGAGUAACACCUUCCAGGGCGUCAUCUUUCAGGGCUCCAUCCGCUACGAGGCCCUGAAGAAGGUCUACGACAACCGGGUGAGCGUUGCGGCGAAGAUGGCCCAGCGGAUGUCUUUCGGCUUCUACAAGUACAACAACAUGGAGUUUGUGAGGAUGAAGGGUCCGCAGGGCAAAGGUCACGCCGAGAUGGCCGUCAGCCGGGUGCCGACAGGCGACACCUCCCCCUGCGGCACCGAGGAGGACCAGGUGUCGCCCAUGCACGAGAGG